CAGCAAGUGUGAAGCCCGCAUUCCGCCCCAGCUCGCAGAUUAAACGGGGCUGUCAAGCCAGGCUUGAAGGAUCAUCAGUGGCCAGGGAGAGAGGACAGCGGAGUGGAGAGGCUCCGCGCUGGACCGGCUCUGAGAUCUGCUCUUGGUUGGGUGAUUUCUACCAGCAAUGCGAACCUGACUGCAGCACCAUCCAAUGAAAAGCCCUAGAGAUUCCUGUCCUCAAGAGAAUGAGCUCUUGGAAGCAAGGAAUACAAGAGGCCAAUUCCCUCAAUGACGCAAAGACUUCCAAGUCAAUCUACCUCUAAAAGUCCUAUCAUCUCUAACAUCACUACACUGGGCAUGACGCUUCUAAUACAUAAGCCAUUAGGGGACAAACUACAACCAAACCAUAGCAGUGAGACAUGUGCCCACACUGUUGGAAUAUGUUUCCUCAAAGUGUUUGCCGAGACCUUGAAGGGUUUGCUUUCAGGUGAGUCCCGGUGAACAGGUGCAUGAAGCAGCAGGGACCAGCCAGCCCACACUGGACAAGCAUGGCCCGGCCUUCCAGGAGCUGCCUCCUUCUGCUCAGUGCACUGGGCAUCUUUGCACUUGACUGCUUCACCAAGGGCCAGAACAGCACGCUAAUUUUCACAAAGGAAAACACCACUCGGAACUGCAGCUGCCCUGCAGACAUCCGGGACUGUGACUACAGUUUAGCCAACUUGAUAUGCAGCUGUAAAACUGUCUUACCUUUUGCCAUGGAGCCAACCAGCUAUCAUAGCCACCUGACCAUCUGGUUCACGGACACAUCUGCACUGGGCCGCCUGUUGAACUUCACGCUGGUCCGAGACCUGAAGCUUUCCCUGUGUAGUUCGAACAUCCUCCCCACAGAGUACCUGGCUGUCUGCGGGCUGAAGAGACUGCGUGUCAGCACCGAAGCCAAGCAUUCCUCCCCGGAGCAGAGCUUGCUCAUCCACGGCGGAGGGGAUAAAGGCUGGCAAAACUGUAUGUUCAUUUCAUUCCUAGACAUGGCUCUUUUCAACAGGGACUUGUCUUUACGAUCAUACAGCGUUGAAAACAUUUCCAGCAUUGCUAGUGACUUUCCUGAUUUUUCUUACUUUAAAACCUUUCCAGUGCCAAGCCACGGAAGCUAUAUUGUAACAGUCAUUUACUAGCACCCUAUGUCCAUCCAGCAGGCACACUGGCCAACAGUGGGCCAUUUGAGCAAGUAAUUCAAGAAUGAGGCUAUGAGACAGGUAUCUGUCAUAGUCAGCUGCACGCUGCUGGGAUGAACCUCCAAAGCAGACACAGUUUAUGGAAGGGAUGGAAUUUAUUUUAGGCUUACAGAUCCAGGGCAAGUUCCAUAAUGGCAAAAAAGAGAAAACCCACCACCAAAAGCAAGAGCAACAACUGGCAGCCAAACAGCAAGGGAACCAGGCAGAACUCACACUGCUCUCUGCAGACCUUAGGCUGAAAUUCCAGAUUUGCCCCCCCCACACACACACACCUUAGGGCUGAACCCUGGGAUCCUCCCACAGUGACAACUCCUCCAGCCAGUUGGCUAGAAAUCCAAGUUACAAACUUGAAUAAAACUCCUGAAUCUAUUGGGAGACAUCCAUUCAAACUACUGCAGUAUCCUCACUCAUGACUCUGCCAACACUCCCAGUCCCCAUUUGCAACAGAGUCAUGCCUAAGCAUGACUCUCUUUGCUCUUCUUUGGCUGAAUCCUAGGAACUAUUUUGAUAAAGAAAAUCAAAAUAGGGGGCUGGAGAAAAGGCUUAGUGGUUAAGGCGCUGGCCUGCAAAGCCAAAGGACCCAGGUUCAAUUCCCCAGGACCCAUGCAACCCAGAUGC